UUCAGUUUUGUGGGAGUAAGUAGACUAACCAGAGAACUGCCAUCCCAACCUACACCAAAGAGAAGAUUGUACUCCGAACGGGAGGCCUAAACACCGGUAGUACUGGUGGUAGUAUCGGUCCAGCGGGCCGUGGAGCUGAACAAUCGUGGAAUGAAGUGACUCCAUACUCUGUGAGCCACCUCGAGGAUUGUGGUCAAGAACGUUAAUUUUUGUACGACUUGUCGGAGCAUCAUACAAUAAUAAUAAUAUUAUUAUUAUUGUGCAAGAACAGCUGUCCCUACUGCUAUCGCAAUGGCAAGACCAUUGCGCACCAUCGUUCCUGCUCGAUUCCUAGCGCUGUCGGCGCACUUAGCUGUUGUAAUUAUGUCAUUUUAUGCACGGGAUGGUAACAUCAAAGAAUGUUUGCCGUUGCAGUAUACAGCAAGUGAGUACAACAGCAAGGAUGACAGGCUUAUCGUUGGUCUUUCCUUCUCACUCGGAUUCCUGGCCAUUGAGUUCUUCGGCUUUCUGUUCGGCUUCACCAUGUUCAACAGUGCCAUUAGCUUAGUCUCAAUUGGUCUUCAUAUCAGCGGUGCUGUUUCCAUGCUCUUCUUCCGCAUCAACACAUGGGACUGCGACCGCUUUUGGCCGAUAUUUGGCGUCUGUAGCGCUCUACCGGCUGUCCUCGAGGCAAUUGUAAUCAUCUACACAGCCAAGUAUCGGCGGUGAAUGCCCGGCAAACAGUAUCACACACAGCACUGCAACCAGCACAUACUCAGCAGCAUGCGUGUGUGUAUCUACAACAAUACCGCCCUUGCAGUGCCAUGCUGGAUGUGUGUAUCUACAACAAUGCCGCCCUUGCAGUGCCAUGCUGGAUGUUUGGCACUAGCUACUGGCAUGUACACCGCUGCAGUCAAGGCAAACCCAGCCAUAGAAGUGCCAAGCUAUAGCCGACAGGAUUCAUUUUCACAGGAGUGCUGCAUCAUGAUCCUUGUGGCAGUACAUGUACACACUGUACUGUAGCUAGAGUUGUGAGUGUGCCUGGUGGCAGACCGGAGGAGCUGUGGAUAUGUCGGCGUAACGCUAUAACCAUGAUCAAACUGUGAGAAGACCUCAGAGUCUGAUGCGGGCACAGGUGACAUCAUGCACUGAGCUGCAUCUACUGUCUGACAGACCCAAACAACACAUGCAUCACCAUUCGAGAGAGAGAGAGAGAGAGAGAGAGAGAGAGAGAGAGAGAGAGAGAGAGAGAGAGAGAGAGAGAGAGAGAGAGAGAGAGAGAGAGAGAGAGAGAGAGAGAGUUUAUGGAGUUAUCAACGCUAGGCUAGAUUAAACCAAUCAUGGUUUCUGAGCUGAAUCCACGCAGGCUGUCUUACUUUGGUUCACAGCAUAGCUAGUUAUUUGCCAGUACAUGCAAGCAAUGCUGAGCAUCAGAAACAAGUCACUGGCUGAUCAGCUGUGCAUGUAGCCAGAUCAACAUCAUCGUACCACACAGCAGUAGACACAAGUACGGGUGUGAGAUAGUUGUGUCUAGAGUAAUGUACACACGCAUACAUUUGCACACACAUACACACACACACCACACACACACGCGCGCACAUACACACACACACAGACUCAGACCCAGGCAUGCCCAUCGCGGAAGUGAUGAUAGCGAACAGCUAUGUCAGACAUAGCAACUUGUGCUGGGAUUACACCAUUCAACAGCUUGCAAGGCUGAUGAAUUGACCGCCACCAAUUUUAGCCUGGUAUCCACCACAAAGCUGAUUGAAGUGGCUUUUUCUGGCCAGUGAAUCCCUAUUUUUCAUUUUUUUUUCAUUCUAAUAUAGCUAUGAAUAGGAUGAAGGCCGCAGACAUCACGCAACUAUGUUACUUGUUUGACACGUAUAUGACUGUGUAUUUUAUAACAAAAAUUAAUAUUAUUGAAAC